CAGGCUGUCUUCUUCGCUCGAAUCCUGUCGCCACUUCCUGGAUGGACGCCUAGAAACAACCUGAGAGGACUUAAGUUUCUUUUCAUUUUUUUGUAUUAUUUUCACCCUGGAUAUCUUCUGAGUAUAUUUUUCUCUCUGCGAAACGUUGACGGGUUUUGUCUUUACGUUUCAUUACCAUACGUAAACUACAGAUGAUCACGUAAACAGAAGUGUGGGGAGGGGGGGCACUUGAAGCGCCACGUCACAGAGUGACAGGAGUUACAGUUGAGACGGAACCUCUUGUUGGAGCGCAGAUUAGACGGAACGACACUUGUGUGCUGUUCUGAGAUUGCUCUCACCGGGGAGAAUAAGAGCAUAGCUGCAAGAUGACGGCGUCUAACUGGGGCCUGAUCAUGAAUGUGGUCAACAGCAUCGUGGGGGUCAGCGUGCUCACCAUGCCCUUCUGCUUUAAACAGUGUGGAAUUGUGCUGGGAACCUUGCUGCUCUUCUUUUGCUCUUGGAUGACCCACAAGUCCUGCAUGUUCCUGGUGCACACGGCCAGCAAUACCAAGAGGAGAACUUAUGCUGGACUGGCUUUCCAUGCAUAUGGGAAAGCAGGGAAAACACUGGUGGAAACCAGCAUGAUCGGUUUGAUGUUGGGCACCUGCAUUGCCUUCUAUGUCGUCAUUGCAGACCUGGGAUCUAAUUUCUUUGCACAGUUGCUGGGUUUACAGGUUACAGGCAGUUUCCGCAUAGUUCUACUGAUAGCUGUGUCACUGUUCAUCGUCCUCCCUCUGAGUCUGCAGAGGAACAUGAUGUCAUCCAUCCAGUCCUUCUCUGCCAUGGCUCUCAUCUUCUACACUCUCUUCAUGUUCACGAUGGUGCUGUCCUCAUUCAAACACGGGCUGCUCAGCGGCUGGUGGCUAGAGCAGGUCAAUGUGGUGCGCUGGGAGGGUGUGUUUCGCUGUCUCCCCAUCUGUGGGAUGGCCUUCGCCUGUCAGUCGCAAGUCCUGCCAACCUACGACAGCCUGGACGAGCCGUCUGUCAAACGUAUGAGCACCAUCUUCACCUCGUCACUCAACGUCGUCACCAUCUUCUACAUCACCGUUGGUUUCUUCGGCUACGUCAGCUUCACGGAAACCAUCGCCGGUAACGUCUUGAUGAACUUUCCCUCCAACCUGGUGACAGAGAUGAUCCGCGUGGGCUUCAUGAUGUCCGUGGCUGUUGGCUUCCCCAUGAUGAUCCUUCCGUGUCGGCAGGCCAUCAACACCAUGCUGUUUGAACAGCAGCAGAAAGAUGGGACGUUCGCUGCCGGUGGAUACAUGCCUCCCCUGCGCUUCAAAAUGAUCACCCUCUGUAUUGUGUUCGGUACCAUGCUGGGAGGCAUUCUCAUCCCCAACGUGGAAACCAUUCUGGGCCUCACUGGAGCCACAAUGGGCAGCCUCAUCUGCUUCAUCUGCCCUGCCCUCAUCUAUAAGAAGAUCCAGAAGAACAGUCUCAUUGCUCAGCUUGUGCUCUGCGUCGGACUGGGCAUCUUACUUAUCAGCACCUUCACCACCUUGUCUAUCUCGGCCAGAAGUCCAGGCUUCAAAGUCCAAGCUCCGCCUCCACCUGCACCGGGCAAGAGCAACCUGCAACUUCCAGACCCCCCUAAUGUCCCCAAUAAUAUUCCAAAGGAAAUGGCAGUGAAUGUGGAAAAGCCAGAUUUCCCAGCGGUGGCAGUGGUUAAGUCUGACGACGGGGGCAAGCCUGAACCUCCUCAGAUUAAAGUACCUGUGGACGUACCGGACAGAAAGAAAGAGGAGGAGGUGCAGCUGGACCGUCCAGAUGCUGGUGUUGCUCAGCCUGAGGGAGAUGCCCACCGCCACGAACCACCCAUCCCCCAUGAUCAGGUCCAGGUGGACACGAGGAAAAACGUGGAUGAGUUGGAGGCAGACAAGAAACCUCUGGUUCCCGCUGUGGGACAAAGUGAGGAACAACACAAACUUAAUGAAUUGGCGGCCAGUAGAGAGCAGGAUGCUGAGAAACCUGUUGAAGCAGUUGUCAAGAAAGAGAAAGUGGACCUCCAAUCCAACAAGGUGGUGGAGAAGCCAGCUGGUGAGGCGGGUAGUAAGCAGGAGCUUCCGAAAAUAAUCAACGAGGGGAAACAACUGGAGCCAGAGAAAGAGCCAGCUGCUGCGGUGAAUCCAGAGCAACAUGCGGACAAAGUUGCUGAAGCUGCUGUGAAAGUCCCACCCCCUGCUGGUGACCAUCAUCUGGCUGCUGAGGAGGCUCCUGCUGCCGACAAUAAAGGCAAUAAUGAUGAGAAGAUGGAAGUGAUAAAAAAGCUGGUUGCAGAGGGCCAGCUGGACCACGCUAUUCUGCUGAAGGUGAUCAAGGAGCAGCAGGAGCAACAGAAGAGGCUUCUGGAUCAGCAGGAAAAGUUAUUGGCUGUGAUAGAAGAGCAGCACAAAGAAAUCCACCAGAAACAGCCGGCUGCGGGAGCUCCUGAUGGCGAAGCAGAGAAAGAGCUGGUGGAUGGCGGAGCAGGGAAGGCUCAAGACCUGAUUCCAAAUUCCGAAGUGAAACAGUCCAAAGAGGCGGCAGCAGGAGCGGCAGCUCAGGUCGAGCCGCAAGCUGUAGCUCAGAACCCUGCUCCAGCUGAAGCUGAAGCUGCUAAAUUAGGACAGCCAGCUCCUUACAAGGAGAACAACCGUCCAGCUGCACCUGAAGGAGAACAGGCCAAGCAGAGUGAGCUUGGAGCGAGGGGAGUGCCUCUUGGGAAGCAGCUGAUAGACAAGCAUCAACCUGCAGCUCCAAAGGAACCAAUAAUGGAAGUAAAGGAGGAGAAAGACGUCACAGAAGAGAAAAUGAAGGAGAUGAAAAGGGAGCAGCUUGAGAAAGAGCAGAAGGAGGAGCAGGCUCGGUUACUAAGAGCCCAGUUGGAGAAGGCAGAGGCGGAAAGACAGGAAAAGGAGGUGCAGGCUAGAAUAUUCAAGGCUCAGGUGGAGCGGGAAAGAGCAGAUAGAGAAAGAAAAGAAAAAGAGGAACAAGCUAGGUUAGCAAAAGCCCUGCUGGAGAAGGAGAGAGCUGAAAAAGAGCAAAAAGAAAAGGAGGAGCAGAUUAGAUUAGCUCGAGCACAACUGGAGAAGGAGAAACAGGAAGAGCUGGUUCGACAGCAGGAGUUGGAAAAGGCCUUAGCCCAGAAGAAGAAGAUGGAAAUGGAGGCGAGGGUUAAAUUGGAAGAAGAGAGGGCGGCUGAGGAGAGACGCAAGCAGAAGAAACAACCGGCCAGUAAUGAGAUCCUGGAGAAGAUUAAAGAACAAGAGGGCCAGGAGGGGCCACACCAGCCAGAGGAAGCCGUGAAAAAUGAUCAGGGAGUCCUAGGAGAAGGUGGUGAAGCUUUAAAGAAAGGAGGGAGAGACCUCAAAGAAGAGGUUGCUAGGCAGGAGAACCCCGGGGAGAGAGAGGAGGACGGGGUCAUCAAAGCGGGCGCUCGCCCUCAGGGCUCUCAGGAGAAGCUGAGGGACCAGGGAGAGACGGAUCUAAAAAGAAGGCGCAGGGCUGUAGGACCCAGUGAAGAUGAAGAGCUGCUGGCAAAGGGCCCUAGAGGGGUUCACGGGCUGGAGCCGCUGCUGGAGCUGGGGGGCUCAGACUUGCAUGCGGCGCUAGAGGAGCAGCUGCUGGCCGGAGCAGUGGUACACUCCAGACAGAUUAGACAGGUCUCCAAGGACAAGGAGGUGAAGUAAGACAAUGAAGAUCAGCACUUCCAUGAUGCCUUCCAGUCUGGAGUGUUAUGGACUGAGAAAUAUUUCUCAUAUUGAUUUUGGUACGUUUGAUAUUGGGGGAAACGGAGCACCAGCAGACCCAAAAGGCCGUCUGCUGAGGGAUCAUCCAAAGUGUUAACUAGAGUGUGUAAAUAUUAACUUAUUUUUGGUUUUGUUUGGAGAUACUGCUACAUGUUGAGAUCUAUCUAUGCAAGGACCAAUAUCUGGGAAAUUGUGGUAAAUUGCUCCCGGUUCUGGUCCAUACAGUCCUGUCGUGUUUCGUCUUCUUUUGUUUGGGUUAGACAUGUUUUAAUGUUGUAAAUCUGUAACAAUGUGCCUUCAGUUGAGACUGAACUGAGCUGAGCUGAGCUGAGAUGCCUUCACACUCACCAGUUUGUGUUAUGGAGCAUUCCACUGUCAGAAGUAUGAUAUUAUGAGUGCCUUAUUAGCAAUGCUUGUUUUUGUUUAAAAGGCUGUUAUUGUUUUUCAUUGAGAAUGUUCUUGUGUCAACAGUGCCUAGAAAUAUUUAGCACUUGAACACAUACUGGACAUUUGCUGUGAAUAAGAAUAUAAUUUCUCAGACUAUUUUUGCUGCACAAAUAAACCCAUACUCAUUUGUUCA